AUGUAACGUUUAAAAUUAAAUUCACCGAGUAAUGAAUAGUGCAUUAGUGCGCGUCAAGAUUGAGCCUAGGGUUCCUCUUCGUCUUCAUCACAUUCCAUUUCAAUUACUUCAACUUGCACAUGGACCUUCUGUGAAUUAUCCUAAUUACGCGUUAAAUUGCAAGGUUUGUUGAGACUGUACCACAAUUGUGCUCGAUCACAGGGUUUGUUGCAAAUGGCAGAGGAAGAUUUUUUAGAAUUGAAGUUUAGGUUGUUUGAUGGAUCUGACAUUGGUCCGUUUCGAGACCCUCCGGCUUCGACGGUUGCGAUGCUUAAGGAGAGAAUUGUCACCGAGUGGCCCAAAGAUAAGAAAGGUGGACCCAAAUCAGCAAAUGACAUCAAAUUGAUAAAUGCUGGGAAAAUUUUGGAGAACAACAAGACCAUUGAGCAAUGCAGAACACCGUUUGGAGAGUUACCGAAAGGGGUAAUUACUAUGCAUGCCGUUGUACAUGUGUCUUUAACCAAGGCAAAAACAGAAAAGAAGAUCGAUGAAGCAUCAAAGAAAAACGGCUGUGCAUGUACCAUUUUGUAAAGAGUUUUGAGUAAUUUUAUUCAGAUUUAACCUGGCAUUUGGGCACUGGAAUUCCAGUUUUGGGCUUUAGAUAUGGAGAAAAUAAUCUGUAAGAAAUGACAUACCACAUUAUUUACAUGUUCUUGCUGGAGGAGAAAUCUGGUCUAUAAAACAAUUAAUCAAUGUUAUAUUGUUACACGUUCUUUGUAAUGUAUGCAUUAUUUGUUUCUGUAUACUAUGAAUUGAUAUCAACCAAAUCAAAUUCGAUUGAUUUUAUGAGUAA